GAGGAGGAGGAGGAGGUCAAAAGGAACGCCGAACGCGAGUCUCGAGGAAGAGAGACCAGUUGCUGAGGAGAGGAGGAGGAGGAAGGAUCUCUCUCUCCUCUCUCGCUCUCUCUCUUUAUUCCAGUGACGAGUGAAUGACAAACCAGUGAGAAAAUAAAUAUCAGAAACUAGAAAGAAAAAAAAAACUAAACUUCAAGAAGGAAAAAAAAUAAAUUAAACAAAAUAAUAAAGAAGAAAACACACAAAGAAAAACCACAAACUAGAAAAAUUAAUAAUAAAUAAAUUCAUCUCGACAUUUUGGCAAAUAAUUUUAGGCAUGUGGUCUCUGUGGCUCCUCCCCCUCGCCGCCCUUGCCGCCCCGGGAUUGGCUGGCGGCUCUGGUGACGUCACAAUGGGCGUGGCCUAUGAGGACGUGACGGACAUUGCGGGGAUGGGGCGGGGCUGCGUGGAGGGCGGCGCUAGGGGUGAGGAUGGCGUGAACUACUGCCGGAAAAUGACCCCUGAGGAACAUCUGAGGCUGAAGGCUGCGGCUGAUGACUUGGUGGUGCUAACAAUCCGCAGGCCGGGGGAGGAGGCUUUCAAGAGGUUCGUAAGGUCAGCCCGGGUCUACGGCUACAAGGUCAAGGUGCUGGGGGAGGAGGGGGAGGGGGUGGAGAAGGAUGUGGGGGGGAGGAGGCGCCUUCAGCUCCUCCGUCAGGAAGUGUCCAAACUGAAGGAGGAAAAGGAAGACAGGCUGGUUCUGUACACUGAGAGCGUGGACGUGGUGCUGGCCGGGUCUCCGCUGCGGCUGGUGGAGGAGGUGGAGGUGGAGGGGGAGAAGGAGGAGGUGGAGGUGGUGGUGUCAGCUGACGGGUUCUGCUGGCCUGACAAAACACUGGCGGACGCUUACCCUGCAGUCAAGAGAGGGAAGCGCUACCUCAACUCUGGAGUGUUCCUGGCGCGCGUUGGGACCUUACACAGAUUACUGGAAGAACAAGCAGAUGAUGAUGGAGAGAAGAAGAAGGAAGAGAAGAAGAAGGAGAAGAAGGAGGAGGAGGAGGAGGAGGAGGAGGAUAACCACUUACUUCAGCAGCUCAUGACGAAGGUUUACCUGAAGGAGGAACUGAGAAGAAAAUACAAGAUGAAAAUUGAUUCUUUGUCUAAAAUAUUCCAAAAUCUCAACGGGGCAACAGGUGACGUAGAGAUAAGAUUCCUGGGGCGCGAGGCUUACCUGCACAACACAGCCACCAGCACAGUGCCCGUGGUGGUGCGAGGCAAUGGACAUUCUCACCUGCUGCUCAACACUCUAGGGUCUUACCUCGCCAGGGCGUGGAACCAGGAGGAUGGAUGCAGAUCGUGCUGGGAAGACAUGACAAAGCUGGAAGAGGCGGAGGAAUGGAAGACGGAAGAGAAGAAGGAGGAGGAGGAGGAGGAGGAGAGGAAGAAGGAAGUGAGACCAAUUCCUAAAGUGGCUCUUGGAAUAUUCCUGGAGAGAGCCACGCCAUUCCUGUCUGAAUUCCUGGAACGCAUUCAAGAUUUCAGAUUCCCAAAGAAGAAAAUUGAUUUGUAUUUCCACAACGCGGUGGAGGGUCAGCAGGAGGAGGUGGAGGCGUGGGUGGAGGAGCACAAAGAAUCUUACUCCUCCGUCAGAUACAUCGCGCCCUCUGACAAUGUGAAAGAGUGGCACGCGAGAGACGGAUUGGUAGACCAUUGCCUGCAGAAGGACUGUGGUUACCUGUUCGUGGUGGACGCAGAAGCACAAAUCCUCAAUCCUUACACGCUGAAACUCUUGAUUGAACAAAACAGGCCGGUGGUGGCGCCCAUGCUGCUGCGUCCCUACAAGGCUUGGAGUAAUUUCUGGGGCGCCGUGACAACUGAUGGUUUCUAUGCGCGUUCAAUGGACUAUAUGGAAAUUGUACAGGGACAGAGGAGAGGGCUAUGGAACGUUCCCUACAUCUCUGAGUGCUACCUGAUAGAAGCCUCGGUACUAAGGAACCCCCGUACCCGUCCUAACUACGUUCGUAACCUGCUAGACCCCGACAUGGCGCUGUGUGAAAACCUAAGAGAGGCAGGAGUCUUCAUGCACGUUAACAACCGCUUAGAGUUCGGACACCUGGUUAAUAACGAGGAGUUUAACCUGGCUAGACUCAACCCUGAACUGUGGGAGGUGGAGAGGAACAGGUGGGACUGGGAGAGGCGGUACUUGAAUCCCUUAUAUAUGGAAGCAGUGGAUCCCAACAGCACCGUGGAGAUGCCGUGUCCUGACGUGUACCGCUUCCCAUUGUUCACUGAAAGGUUUGCCAAGGAUAUGAUCAGGACGUUUGAAGACUACGGGAGGUGGUCUAGCAGUGACCACGAGGACUGGAGGCUGGAGGGUGGAUACGAGUCAGUGCCCACAAUUGAUAUCCACAUGCGGCAAAUGGGGAUGGAGGCGGAGUGGCUAGAGAUCCUUCGCUCGUACAUCCAACCCAUGCAACUUAAAGUGUUUCAGGAUUACAAUAAUGAUGUUGGACCCCCUCGCGCCAUAAUGAACUUCAUGGUGCGGUACAAGCCAGAUGAGCAGCUCCUACGUCCCCACCACGACACUUCCACCUACACCAUCAACGUGGCUCUCACCAAACCCUAUGAGGACUUCGAGGGCGGCGGGUGCAGAUUCUUGAGGUAUAACUGCUCCAUCGUGGAUUCUGGCGUGGGUUGGGUUCUGAUGCACCCCGGCAGACUGACGCACCUACACGAGGGUCUGCCGGUCACCAAGGGAACCCGCUACAUCAUCGUCUCCUUCGUUGACCCCUGAAGGAAGGAAGGAAGGAAGGAAGGAAGGAAGGAAGGAGAAAGAGUGACUGUGUGUGUGUGUGUGUGUGUGUGUGUGUGUGUGUGUGUGUGUGUGUGUGUGUGUGUGUGUG